AUGUCAGAUCAUGAAGUCGACGAACAAGCGCUCCUCAACCUCAUCACGCAAGACCCCGGUCUACCACGCGACAACCCUACAGCAGCAUACUGGCAACAUAUCCCUCACAGGCUCUCCAACGCUCAAAGCCCCAGCCUCCCCCAAACCACCGAUGUCGCCGUCAUCGGCUCAGGAAUCACCGGCGUGAGCGUGGCAAAAACCAUCCUUGAACAGGAUGAAACAGCAACAGUAACCGUCUUCGAUGCACGGACCCUCUGCUCCGGUGCGACGGGUCGCAAUGGCGGACAACUCGCGAUUAAUGCAGCGGAAAGUUAUCUCAAACUCAAGAAGAUGAUGGGAGUGGAGAUGGCAGGCAAGAUUAUCCAUUUUAAUCUCAAGACGCUCGAGGCUCUUCGCCGGAUCGCAGCGCAGCUUGCCUCAGUUCAGGAUUCCGAGGUCACCGACGUCGUAAAGAUUCGGUCUUUCAAAGAUGAGGAGUCGUUCCGGAGGGUCCGAGAGGGUAUCGAGGCGUUGGAAGCAGAUCACCCUUCGCUGAGGGGGCUGUAUACCGUUCUUGGCCCAGAGGCUUGUCAACAGGAACAUGGUGUCCACGGCGUUUCUGGUGCAGUGCUGCACUCUGCCGGAACAGUCUGGCCAUACAGGGUAGUAACCAAUGCUUUUGAUGACCUGUUAUCCCGGUAUCCCUCUCGUCUGUCAAUCGAAACCAACACCCCAGUGACCGAGGUUAUCUAUAGCGCCUCUUCACUGGAUUCAAAGAACCCCUACAUCCUGACCACCCCAAGAGGAAUCAUCCGAGCCGCUCAAGUCGCCUACUGCACAAACGGGUACACAGGCCACCUCCUCCCGGCCCUUCGAGGCGCAUUAUUCCCAAUGAAAGGAACCAUGACCGUGCAAGAUCUCACAGCCAUUCCCUCUAUCCCGAACCGUGGAUCCACGACGUCCUGGGCAAUCCAUUACCCGCCUUUCUUUGACGCUGCCACUGGCGGCCUCGCAGACGGGCUGAUCUACGGGAUGCAGAAUGUCAAAACUGGGUGGCACUUCUUUGGCGGCGAGAAGUCCCCUCCAGAACAGCUGCUCUCCAGUGACGAUACCAUCCUCUCGCAGUCAUCCGUACAGUUCCUGCAGGAAUCUCUGGAUUCACUCUUUGGACUCCGGGAACCCGCCCGUAAACUUGUCAGUGCUUGGUCCGGAGUCAUGGGCUUUACGUCAGAUACACUACCAUUGGUAGGCAAAUUGCCAUCAACGUUGACUGGCCGAGACGGUCAAGGGGAGUGGUUCUCGGGCGGGUAUAACGGGUACGGGAUGCCAUCGGCCUGGCUUGCGGGAGAAAGUUUGGGGCUGAUGAUACUGGGUCAAUCACCGAGGGAGUACCUACCAGAGGCGUAUUUGAUAUCUGAGGAGCGGCUGAGGGAGAGGUUAACUGUUACGCGGAGUAUGGAAUAUCUGAGCGAGGCUUGA